UCUCAUACGAUCAUUAGACUUCCUGUUUAUUGUCCGGGAACCGAACCAGUUACUUUCGAAGAAGAUGAUAUUAUUGAUAUCAAUACAAAAAAGAUGACCAAACUUAAAGCUUGGUUUCACCUUAACACGAUCGAAAAAGAAGCAAAUUUAUUUUUGUAUACUGAAAUACCUCUGUAUUAUACUUGGACAAAAGGAGAGUGGAAAAAACGUAAAAAAGACAGCUUAACACAGUUGGAACGUUUUUGUUUACGUUUAUUAUUACUUCAUGUGAAAGGAGCAAGAAGUUAUAAAGAAAUUAAAUGUUUUGAAGAUAAACAAUAUGAAACAUUUGAAGAUGUUUGUAAAGCACGUGGGUUAAUGGAUAGUGAUAAUGAAUGGGAACAUUGUUUAAAUGAAGCGUCACACACUAUAAUUAUAGGAGGCAGAAUAAUUACUUGA